AUGGAAAAUGGCAGAUCUGAAUUUCCAUUUCCUUACCAGCCGUACACUAUCCAGGAAGAUUUCAUGAGAUCCUUGUAUAAUGUACUGGACCAAGGCAAAAUUGGUAUCUUUGAGAGCCCCACUGGGACGGGUAAAUCUCUGAGUCUGAUAUGCGGAGCGCUGACCUGGCUAACAGACUUUGAGACUAAAAGAAAACAAGAGGCGGCCGCCUUGCUGCAAAAGGGUGAGACGUCACUUUCUUCACCCAUUACUGAGGCUUCUGGCCAGAGUUCAUCUGCAGAACCUGACUGGAUCACCAGUUUUGUGCAAAAAAAGGCUGAACGAGAUUUGGUGUCAAAGUUGAAGGAGGAUGAAAAUAAACGAAAGAAGCGAGAGGAGCGCUUGGAACUGAUUCGGAACAACGUUCAACUCAAGUAUGCAAUGAAAAGAAAGAACCCUGAGGAGGAUGAAGCAUUCAAGUUGCUCCAACUCUGUAAAGAGGAUCAAACUGAUGGGACGGCAAAUCAAGAUGACGAGGAUCUCAUUAUCGCUGAGUAUGAAAGCGAUGACGAGUCAAGGCCAAAAAACAGGUUCUGCAUAGCUGAAGAGGAAGAGGAUGAUGAACUAGUCGAAGAGCAUGUCACAAAGAUUUACUACUGCAGUCGCACACACUCACAGCUUACUCAGUUCGUUCACGAGGUCCAGAAGAGCCCGUUCAGCAAAGACAUCAGUCUGGUCACACUGGGUUCACGGCAGAAUCUUUGUGUAAAUGAGGAGGUCCGACAUCUGGGCAGCCUUCAGCGCAUCAACGACCGCUGCAUGGAGAUGCAGAAAAACAAACAAGACAAGCCGCAUCACGAAGAAGGCUCGAAAAGAAAGCGAGGCCCGGCGAAGAGCGUCUGUCCCUACAGCAAGGCUUCAGUACUGCAGCAGAUGAGGGACGAACUCCUGGGCAGCAUCCAUGACAUCGAGCAACUGGUGAAGCUGGGCAAGGAAAGGAAUUCGUGUCCUUACUAUGCUACACGCCUCGCUGUCCCGCAAGUGCAAUUGGUGGUGUUGCCUUAUCAGAUGGUGCUGCAUGAAGCCACAAGGCGGGCGGCAGGGAUUCAGCUGAAGAACCAGGUGGUGAUCAUAGAUGAAGCGCACAACCUUAGCGACACGCUCUCCUGCAUACACAGUGUUGAACUCGACGGUGCUCAGCUUUGCCGGGCCCAUUCACAACUAAGCCAGUAUGCUGAACGGUUCAGGAGCCGACUGAAAGCGAAGAAUGUGAUGUACAUAAAACAAGUUCUCUUUGUGAUUGAGGGGCUUGUGCGAGUGCUGGGAGGCAGGGUGGGCCAGAAUCCGCAGAGCCAAGCCACACAAGCAGCAACAGAGAUGCACACCAUCAACAACUUUCUCUUCAAAGCUCAAAUUGACAACAUCAACCUGUUUAAGCUGCACAGAUACUUUGAGAAGAGCAUGAUCAGUAGAAAACUGGGUGGUUUUGUGGAGAAGUAUGUGGGUUCAGGCGUGACUCCACACACUCCCAUUAACACAAACAAGGAGAACCGGCGCACGGAGGGUUUGAACCGCUACCUUCAGCACUUGCAAGGCAACCAGAGCACGGCACCAGCUCCUCUACACGGCCAACAGGGGCCCUCAGAAGCAGAAAACACACUAAGUGCAUCUCCUAUGAUGCAAAUUGAAGGCUUCUUCAUGGCUCUCACCAACAGCAAUACUGACGGAAGGGUGGUCAUACACAGACAAGGAAAUCUAUCAGAGAGCAGCGUCAAGUUCCUUCUGUUGAACCCGGCCGUUCAUUUCGCUCAGGUGUUGAAGGAGAGCAGGGCUGUUAUCAUUGCUGGAGGAACCAUGCAGCCAGUAUCAGACUUCAAACAGGAGCUGCUGUUUUCCGCAGGCGUGCAGGAAGAUCGCAUUGCUGAGUUUUCCUGCGGCCAUGUCAUUCCACCAGAGAACAUCCUCCCUAUUGUCCUGUGUAGCGGUCCAUCCGGUCAGGAGCUGGAAUUCACAUACCAAAACAGAGACUCUCCUCGCAUGAUGGAUGAGACGGGCCGCAUCCUCUCCAAUAUCUGCAACGUGGUGCCAGGCGGCAUGGUGUGCUUCUUCCCCUCGUACGAGUAUUUGAGGCGCAUCGUGGUACAUUGGGAGUCUGGUGGCAUUCUGACACGUCUUGCCACCAAGAAAAAGAUAUUCCAGGAGCCCAAAAAGGCCAACCAUGUGGAGCAAGUUCUUGGCGAGUUCUCCCGUUGCAUUCAGAAGUGCAGUCAGCAAGACGGUGGGACCCUAACGGGGGCAUUGCUGUUCUCCGUAGUGGGUGGAAAGAUGAGCGAGGGUAUCAAUUUCUCUGAUGACCUGGGCAGGUGUGUGGUGAUGGUAGGAAUGCCUUAUCCCAACAUCAAAUCACCAGAACUUCAGGAAAAGAUGUCCUAUCUGGACAAACACAUGACUCACAGUGGAGGGAAGAGCCCUGGUCAAGCACUGAUAGAAAACCUCUGCAUGAAGGCUGUCAAUCAGUCAAUAGGCAGAGCUAUCCGUCACCGUGGCGACUACUCCUCCAUCGUUCUGUGUGAUCGACGUUACUCCCGUGCCGCCACCCUUGGCAAACUUCCUGCGUGGAUCCAGAGUCGCACCAGUACUCACAAAAACUUCGGCUCAGCGUUCGCUGCGUUGCGGAAGUUCUUUGUGGAGAAGAAGCAAAAACUAGGGGGUUAA